AUGUACUCGGUAGAAUCAAAAAUAUACACCGAGCCAAUUGAUGUUAAAGAACUGGACCUGCCUCAUGGGGAAUUGGAGAAAUCAUUAUCUCUGGCUGGCAUUGAAUCAUAUAUAAAAGUUGAGGGAAUACCUGUAGAUGAACUUGUCAUUCGACAGCAUAUCAAGAAAGAUCGUCGCCAUGCUUCCAAGCCUGAUACCAGUGCUUUUGUUGCUAUGCGUAUGCUGACUCUUGGAAUUCUGGUAGUAUUGGGUCUGGUAUUGAUCCAAGCAGCUCCAACUGCUGAAGAAAGAAGAUGGAGGCUUAGGUCAAAGCAUGAUGAUAUUCUGAAUAUUUUCGCCAUCAUCAGGAAAAUGUCCACUCAAAGAAACAAAUUCGACAGAGGGAAAGGCGAGCCACUUGUAAAAGUGAUUGUUCAACAGUUACACAAGAGAUUAAUGGCGAUGCAUUUCAAUGUGCUUCUGACUUCCAACAAGACUCAACAGUCUGUCCUUCUAGCUGUACUCAGCAAGGAAGUGAUGGAUCUAUAUGUUGUGAAAGUCAUACAAAGGUCAUCGUUAGAAAUACGUCGAUAUAAAUCCAGAGAAGCGAGGUCAAGUUGUAUUGAAGACUCUUAUAAAACAACACAGGACCCAUUUUUAACAUGCGAGAAUGACUUGAAUCAAUUGGGUAGUGAUCAAGCGAUAAGUGACAGUGAAAUCAACUCUUUCUGCACUAAAAAUUGUUCUGGAGUAAUUGUUAACCUCUAUAAAGCUAUACAAAGAGAUUGUGGACUUGACCCUUCAAAUCAUGAAUGUGUGCAAAGCUAUCAGAAGGGCAGCAAAGAAUGCCCCAACUCAUGUCGCACAUACAUCAGUACGUCUCAGAUCUCUGGAGCAAAGCCACGGGUUGCUAUCAUUGGUAGUGGUCCAGCUGGUUUUUACACUGCUCACCAAUUACUCAAGCGUCACUCUGAAGUGUGUGUAGACAUCUAUGAGUCUCUACCAAUUCCAUUUGGUUUAGUAAGAUUUGGUGUAGCACCUGAUCAUCCAGAGGUCAAAAAUGUCAUUAAUCAGUUUACAACACUGGCACAAUCAGAACGAUGUCGGUUUCUAGGUAAUGUCCACAUUGGGCGAGAUGUCAUGUUGAGUCAAUUAAAACCUCAUUAUACUGCUGUUGUAUUAGCAUAUGGAGCAAUGAUUAAACCAUUAAGAAUUCCAGGAGAGGAUUUAAGAGGAGUUUAUUCUGCUCGAGCAUUUGUAGGAUGGUACAAUGGCCUGCCCCUUCAUGCCAAUCUUAAUCCUGAUUUAUCUGGAGAGACAGCAGUCAUUAUUGGUCAUGGUAAUGUAGCAUUAGAUGUUGCUAGAAUUUUACUAACACCUGAUUUACUGAAAAAAACUGAUAUUUGUUCUCAUGCUGUUCAAUCUCUUGCUCAAAGUAACAUAAAGAAAGUGGUUUUAGUUGGUCGUAGAGGACCAUUACAAGUUGCAUUUACAAUCAAAGAACUAAGAGAAAUGAUCAGAUUGCCAUGUUGUCGUACUAUAUUACAUCCACAAGACUUUGAACCUUACAAAGAUACAUUAGGAGAUUUACCAAGGCCUAGGAAACGGAUUACAGAGCUAUUAAUAAAAACAGCAAAGUAUGAUAUUAGUACACUUGAAACUGAGAAAAGCUUGGAAUUAAAGUUCCUACGCAGCCCUGUUGAGUGUCUACCAGCAGAUAAUGGGACAGUACAAGCUAUAAAGUUGGAGAUCAAUAAACUAGAGAAUACAGGUAAUUUUUUAAAAGCAGUAGGUUGUGGAGAAUAUGAGGAGAUAUCAUGUUCUAUGGUACUUCGUAGUAUUGGAUAUAAAAGUCUCUCGAUAGAUCUAGCCAUACCAUUUGAUAAUCAACUAGGUAUUAUUCCUAAUAGACAGGGAAGAGUCCUUGAUGAUAAUGGAGCUGUUGUAAAUGGUUUAUACUGUAGUGGAUGGGUUAAAAGAGGACCAGUAGGUGUGAUACUAAAUACAAUGAACGAUUCCUUUGAAACUGCUGAAGUUAUAGCUCAAGACAUUACUGAAGGUGCAGUCAAUAAUGAUCACUACACUAUUGUAUUGAAAUAG